AAUCGGCGCCUGGCAGUGUGUAACGUCCCCUCCCGCAGCAGAUUUCCGGGCCUGUGGUUUGCCGGUGCCGGGAUCUAUUACAGUGCAGCUGCAGCAUGCUGUCCGUGCGGAGGGUCCUUCUCGCCCUCUGGCACCAGGCCGGAGGUGGCCAGAGGCUGCGCUCGGUCAGCACGGGCUGGUCGCCAGUCGGGGCCGCGUUUAACGUGAAGCCGCAGUGGAGGCUGGAUGUGCUGGAGAAGAGCACGGGCCUGUUUGGUGUUCCUGAGUUGAGUUCUCCUGAGGGGUUUCAGGUGGUACAAGAUAAUGCCCUGAGGAAAGCGGAGUCCCUAGUGGAGAAGGUGUGCACUUCCCCUCCAAGCGCAGACACUGUGAAGAUGUUUGACCUACUCAGCGAUGAGCUAUGUAAAGUUGCUGACCUGGCUGAUUUUGUGAAGGUAGCUCAUCCUGACUCUUCGUUCAGAGAAGCUGCAGAGGAAGCCUUCAGGAACAUUGGCACCAUGGUGGAGAGGUUAAAUACCAACAUUGAGUUGUGUCAAAGUUUGAGGAAACUGCUGGAUGACAAAACGCUUCUAGAAUCCUUAGACCCAGAAACCAGGCGGGUGGCAGAAUUGUUUUUAUUUGACUUUGAGAUCAGUGGCAUCCAUAUGGAUGAAGAAAAGCGCCAGAAGGCUGUCAACCUGAAUGUUGUCAUUGCAGACUUGAGUAAUGACUUCCUAAUAGGAGCCAACCUGCCCAAUAAGAUUGAUAAGAAUGUCAUACCUGAGCAUAUUCGCUCUCACUUUUCCUGGGAUGGGCAGUACUUACAAGUCAGUGGUUUACAUGCAGAUUCUCCAAAUGACCUGGUGCGGGAGGCAGCGUACAAGAUUUUCCUUUACCCGAAUAGCCGGCAGCUGAAGUGUUUGAAUGAACUACUGAGUAGUAGAAAUGCUCUGACUCAGCUUGUGGGGUACCCAACAUUUGCACACAGAGCACUUCUAGGGACCAUGGCUAAAACUCCAGAGAACGUGAUGAUGUUCCUUGAAAAGCUAUCCAGCAAAUUACGUGAGCGUACAGCGAAAGAUUUUGAAAUGAUGCUUGGAAUGAAAAUGAAACUGAACCCCAUGAAUCGGGAAUUGAUGCCUUGGGAUCCCCCUUUCUAUGCUGGUGUUUUACGUGCAGAGAGGUAUAACAUAGAACCCAGUUUGUACUCUCCAUUCUUCUCCCUUGGUGCCUGCAUGGAAGGAUUAAAUUCGCUAUUCAAUCAGCUUCUUGGCAUCUCCUUGUAUUCUGAGCAGCCAGAGAAAGGAGAGGUGUGGUCCAAGGAUGUCCGGAAGCUGGCAGUUGUCCAUGAAGACGAAGGCUUAUUGGGAUAUAUUUAUUGUGACUUUUUUCACCGGCCAGAAAAGCCUCCACAGGAUUGUCACUUCACAAUUCGCGGAGGGCGGCUUAGGGAAGACGGACAAUAUCAGCUGCCCGUGGUGGUUCUCAUGCUGAAUUUCCCACAGUCCACCAAGAGCUCCCCAACGCUGCUCACACCCGGUAUGGUGGAGAAUCUGUUUCAUGAAAUGGGGCAUGCUAUGCAUUCUAUGCUGGGGCGGACACGCUACCAACAUGUUACCGGUACCAGAUGUGCCACUGAUUUUGCUGAAGUCCCUUCUAUACUCAUGGAAUAUUUUGCCAGUGAUUACCGGGUAGUAAACCAGUUUGCACGGCAUUACCAGACUGGACAGUCGUUGCCCAAACCUAUGAUUUCCCGCCUCUGUGAGUCCAAAAAAGUGGGGGCCGCUUCAGACAUGCAGCUCCAGGUAUUUUAUUCCAUUUUGGAUCAGAUUUAUCAUGGGAAGCACCCCCUAAAAGGUUCAACCGUGGACAUUUUAAGUGAUACCCAGGAAAAAUUCUACGGGUUGCCAUACAUACCUCCUACAGCUUGGCACCUGCGAUUUAGUCAUCUGGUGGGAUAUGGUGCCAAAUACUACUCAUACCUGAUGUCCCGGGCUGUGGCCUCUAUGGUGUGGAAACAGUGCUUCAUGAAGAACCCAUUUGACCGGGCGAUGGGAGAGCGCUAUCGCAAGGAGAUGCUGGCACAUGGUGGUGGAAAGGAGCCCAUGCUCAUGGUUCAAGGCAUGCUUCAGAGGUGCCCGUCUGUGGAAGACUUGGUAGAUGCACUGGUUUCAGAUCUGGAUCCAGACUUUGAGACAUUUCUUAUGGACUCUGAGUAGAAGAGAUGGGACGAGUUGGAACACUGACAAUGUAAUUUGUAACAGUCUGUUCUUUUAAAUUGGUUCCAUUGUAAGAAUAAAACUGCUGGUAAGGAAUAGCAUGUCCUCUAGGGCGGGAUGUAGAGGUGAAUGUGUGGUAUCAUGCAUCCAUUUUCCCGCCUUGAAACAUAGCUGACCUUGUACUGUAUUACUGACUGGGGUGCGCUGCUCAUUCUCCAGGAAUACUGUAGAUUUCUCCGGUACUCCUGUUAUGCCCAGUUGUAUUUAUUUUUGUGAAAAACCGUUUUCAGCAACUUUCCUCCUCCUUCAGCUCUCCUACUUCCAUUGUGUUACAAAAAGCAGGACUCCCAUUGCCCAAUUAAUCCUUUUUUUUUGCUGUAACUCGUGUGACCUCAUUUUCAGCCUCUCUCCUGUUGGUUUUAUCACUAAAACACUUCAAAUUCAAAUACACGGGCGCCAUGCACAUACUGCAGUUACGGCGAGUGAUUUCAGCUCGGAGCCAGUGAAUUGUGAGCAGAAGUUGGCCAGAGACUCCAUUGGAAGCUGUACUGGUGGCAACUUCCGGCCAGUUGAAUGGCCUCCUCACAUUAUAUUUUAGCCCUAUGAUGUUAUGUUACCGCUAAGGCAGCCAAUCCAUGAGCUGAAUAAAUACUCUGAAGUCUUCAACUCAUUAAGAAUCAAUUACGUCCCUGAGAGAUUUCCGGCUGCUUAAUGGAAAUAUUGUAGCUACACUUCUAAUUGAUCCAAUGUAUAAAAUAAUGUGAUAUUUACGGGUACAAAUAAAGACAUUUCUAACA